UCCCCCAGCGCCGCACUUUGCCGAGAGGGAACAUCAGCGGCUGUCAGGAAACCUUCUCAUGGCUGCAGAGCUGCCCCUAAAGCAAAACUAGAGGCAAAGCAACCCAACAGUCCCUUCCCCUCCCAGCCUAGCCUGGCCCAGAUCACCCAGUUCCGAAUGAUGGUGUCUCUGGGACAUUUAGCCAAAGGAGCCAGUCUCGACGAUCUGAUCGACAGCUGCAUUCAGUCUUUCGAUGCAGAUGGAAACCUGUGUCGAAGCAAUCAACUGCUGCAAGUGGUACUGACCAUGCACCGAAUUAUCAUUUCCUCUGCUGAGCUGCUUCAAAAAGUUAUCACCCUCUAUAAGGAUGCUCUGGAAAAGAAUUCCCGAGGGCUUUGCUUGAAGAUCUGCUACUUUGUAAGGUACUGGAUAACAGAAUUCUGGAUCAUGUUUAAAAUGGAUGCCGGCCUGACAGACACUAUGGAGGAGUUCCAGGAGCUGGUGAAGGUGAAUGGUGAGGAGCUGCACUGCCGCCUGAUUGACACAACUCAAAUCAAUGCCCGAGACUGGUCCAGGAAACUUACUCAAAGGAUAAAAUCUAACACAAGCAAGAAACGGAAAGUAUCUCUGCUCUUUGAUCAUCUGGAACCAGAAGAGCUAUCUGAACACCUCACCUACCUUGAGUUCAAGUCCUUCAGGAGGAUAUCGUUUUCUGAUUAUCAGAAUUACCUCGUGAACAGCUCUGUGAAGGAGAACCCCAUGAUGGAACGGUCCAUUGCCCUGUGCAAUGGCAUCUCCCAGUGGGUACAGUUGAUGGUUCUCAGCCGCCCCACCCCACAGCUUCGAGCAGAAGUCUUCAUCAAGUUCAUCCAGGUGGCUCAGAAACUCCAUCAAUUGCAGAAUUUCAAUACACUGAUGGCUGUGAUAGGUGGGCUAUGUCACAGCUCAAUCUCCAGGCUCAAGGAGACAAGUUCGCACGUCCCUCAUGAAAUCAAUAAGGUUCUGGGUGAGAUGACUGAACUGCUGUCCUCCUGUAGAAACUAUGACAAUUACCGCCGAGCCUAUGGGGAAUGCACCCAUUUCAAGAUCCCCAUCCUGGGGGUGCACCUCAAAGACCUUAUCUCCCUGUACGAAGCCAUGCCCGAUUACCUGGAGGACGGGAAGGUGAACGUGCACAAGCUGCUUGCCCUUUACAAUCACAUCAACGAGCUGGUGCAACUACAAGAGGUGGCCCCGCCCCUGGAGGCCAACAAAGACUUAGUGCACCUCCUGACGUUGUCCCUCGAUCUGUACUACACUGAGGAUGAGAUCUAUGAGCUCUCCUACGCACGAGAACCCAGAAACCACCGGGCGCCACCACUUACUCCUUCGAAGCCCCCCGUCGUCGUGGACUGGGCCUCUGGAGUCUCUCCCAAGCCCGACCCAAAGACCAUAAGCAAGCAUGUGCAGAGGAUGGUGGAUUCUGUCUUCAAGAACUAUGAUCAUGACCAGGAUGGAUACAUUUCUCAGGAGGAGUUUGAAAAAAUUGCUGCAAGUUUUCCCUUUUCCUUCUGUGUGAUGGACAAAGACAGGGAAGGGCUCAUCAGCAGAGAUGAGAUCACAGCCUACUUCAUGCGGGCCAGCUCCAUCUACUCUAAGCUGGGCCUGGGCUUUCCUCAUAACUUCCAGGAGACCACCUACCUGAAACCCACUUUCUGUGACAACUGUGCUGGAUUUCUCUGGGGAGUCAUCAAACAAGGCUAUCGCUGUAAAGACUGCGGGAUGAACUGCCACAAACAAUGCAAAGACCUGGUUGUGUUCGAGUGCAAGAAGCGAGCCAAGAACCUAGCAGCUUCCACAGACAACAGCACUGCUGUGGGGCCAACGUCCAACCUUUGUUCACUGGGAGCCAAAGAUCUGCUCCAUGUGCCUGAAGAAGGACCUUUUACAUUCCCUAAUGGGGAGGCUGUGGAAUACAGCGAGGAAAAUAAGGAUCGGACCAUCAUGCUCAUGGGCAUGUCCUCGCAAAUUUCUAUGCAGCUAAAGAGAACUGUCGCCCAUAAAGCCACCCAGACUGAAUCACCAUCUUGGCUGGGCAGCGAGGGUCCUUCCGGUCCCUUUGUGUUGUCAUCACCAAGGAAGACAGCCCAGGAUACUCUCUACUUGCUCCCCAGCCCCACAUCUCCAUGCCCCAGCCCAGUCUUGGUGAGAAAGCGAGCUUUUGUCAAAUGGGAGAAUAAAGAAUCCCUCAUAAAAUCAAAGGAGGAGCUCCGUCACCUCAGAUUGCCAACAUACCAAGACUUGGAACAGGAAAUAAAUACCCUGAAAGCAGAUAAUGAUGCCCUCAAGACACAGCUGAAGUAUGCACAGGAGAAAAUAGAAACCCUCCAACUUGCUAGAAGCAAUCAUGUCUUGGCUCAGAUGGAACAGAGUGACUGUUCUUAGCCCAGAAACUCAAGGAACACAGCUGAGCACAACAGAGCUCACAUUUUGUAAGACUGAUUAGGGGACCCUUUGACUGACUGGCUUUUUAAAGGGUACUUAAAGAAGAGCCAGUUACUCUUUUUUACCUAACAUUCUGACUGUGCAGUGUUGUUUUUUAAUUUGGUUAACUCAACAGGCAGAAAGCUGAUGAUUUGCAUUCUUAACAUAUUUCCCAAAUUUUUUCCUUGGGACUUAUACCAAAGUGUGCAAAAGUGUAAGCCAAAUUCUCCUACUCGUCUGCCUAGCUACUUCCUCCUUUGAACCAAUCCCCAGAAAAUGAAUUUGCUUUCACCCCUAGGUAUUCUGUGAACUGCAUAAGGAUAACUUACUUUUAUUCAAAGCUUGCUUAUAGUAGAAAUACACCUGCAUUCCAAAAGGAGGCUGACAACUUCUACAUCUCAUCAUAGUUAAGGAAUCUGGUUCCUACCUUACUACCUCAGUUUAAUCAAUUAGCUAAUGUCUCUCCCUUCCUCACUACAAACAUACUCCCAUGAGUCCAUCUACCUACAAGUGAACUUCUAUACAUGGAGCCACAAUUUUUCUAGGAGCCUGUUAAAACAGUGAGACAUUAUCCAAUUGCAAGUUCAUACUUUUAUUAAAGUCUUAAUAGGUAACCAAAGUAAGUACUUGGAAAUCUGACUGCUAGCUAAAAUAAAGCAAACAAGAUAUUUAUCAUAUAAUCUACACUGGACAGAAUUAGGCACUUACGGCUUUAAAAAAAAGUAGUUUUAAGUCUUAAUUCUUCAUUUUCCAUCUUUCUUCCAGACACUGUUCUAUAGUUCUCUCUGAACCGAAAUUGUGCUUAUAUUCACUAUAAAUACAACGUAGAAAUAAGCUAAUUGGAUCAGAGGUUUAAAUAGCUGAUAGUAUGUACAUAUGUGUAUAGUGUAUUAUUUGUGAUAUGCACGUGGUUUGGAAUUCUAUUUCCUUCAUAAAAUGUGGAAGUGAAUUAAACUAGUCAUUUACACAAAUCUACAAAGUUCAGUCUUACAGGAUGUAAAAAAUUGUUUCAACAAAUGGUAUAUUUAGCAUAAUCAGAAGUAGGUUUCCUGUGAAUUUUCUACUAAUGAAGGUUAAUGAUUAAUGGCCACAUUCAGUUGUUUGGGCAACUGCAAAUUCUUGUCAGUCUCUUACUGCUCUCAAUGUGUUCAAGCGAUCAUUUUCUUUGGUAGGGAGGGGUGCAGCAGGGGGUGGCAAGGGCUUGCCUUCCACGCUUAGAAAGCCUGGUACCAAGCUGAUUUGAAGUUCAUACUGACCUUGAAUAUAAUGUCAAGAAUACAGUGUCAACAACUACAAGUUCCAAACCUGAAACCAUCAACUCCUAAUCAGAAUAGAAGUAUGUGGACAGUGUAGCUUCCUUGGGAGACUCAAAUAAUUUACAUUUCUUUGAUCAAAAACUAGUGUCCACUUGCAUACCUCCUUGUACUCAGUUUUAGUAACACAAUUCGCUUCCAGCUAGUUUUUUUAAAGAAUCAUUUUUCACACAAAUUUAUCCUUUUCUCAAAUUCCAACUCAGAAAUGCCCACAGAGCAGGGCUGCUGUUGUCCACCACCUGGUAUUUAAACUGAGAGCACUUUACUGAUUUACCUGACAUGGAACAAACAUGAUGAGUUUAUGACCAAUUAAAAUGUAUCUCGUUCACUCUUUUCUUUUGAUACAGCCCAAUGACAUCUUUGAACAUUAUCAGGCAACACGAUUUUUUUCAUUCUUCUCACCCUCCAUCCAAACACAGACCUCACAUUAGCCUGUGUUAUUAAUCUAGAGGAAUUGAAAAUGUUAGUCAAAUCAACAGUGAGGGUCUCAAACAUUUCAGAAUUUACCACUGAAAUGCAUGACAAGGUUUUACAUUGUAACAAGGGUCAAGUAACAUUAGUGUGUAAAUUAAUAGUUUUGCACUGAGCUACAAAUAAUCAGUGAAGUCCACAGAAAGAAUCUGGAAUAUUUUGGCUUCUCAAGCCUCCAAUACAAGCUUGUGUGUCUUUUACUGACUUGAAAUAAGUUCGGGCAUUUAUUUAUCUACCAAACAAGGACAACUCUUGUCUUGUAACCAGCAGUGUCACUUCUUACUUUCUUUGGUAACUGACUUGCCUUUUACUGUUUGUGAAUUUGUCUCAAGAUGUAUAAUGUAAAAGAAUUGCAAGAAAAAAAUGUAUAUUGUAAAGAUUUUUUUUUGAUACCCAAUGUUAAGUUUUCUCUGUGUAGUAUUUAUGAUAAAAGACAUUAAGAUCCCUACAACACAGAUGUCUUGUGCUUAUUCCAGUUCACCAUGUAGAAGAUUUGUGUGAAUUUUUACUAUUAUCCACAGCUGAGAUCACUCCCCUAGUGUAUUAAAUUGACUUUUCCUAAAGGAAAAGCAACCAGUGAGCCAAUAAAAGUUUUUCUAAUUCUUGUAACAUGAACAUUUCA